AUGGAAUGUCGUUUUUUGGAGUUUACAAAUAUAAAGUGCACUUCUAUGGAUAAGAAAUUUUGCGAAUUCCAAUAUUGCUUUAUAAAAGCCACGAACCGCACCUAUAAGCAUUUGUCCGUGAGAAAUAACCUCUAUAAGGUUCCAGUUAAUCAGUUUUCGAUAAAUGCCGCAUUUACUAAGCGAUCGAAUGGCAUAUUGCCGUUUAAAUACAAUUUGACUUUUGAUGGAUGCAAAAUGGUAGCAGAUAUCGGAAAUCCCUGGAUUGCAUUUCUUUUUGGCCUGCUUAAGCCGCACUCAAACAUAAACCAUUCGUGUCCCUUUGAUCACGACAUUAUUGUGGAUAAGUUGCCCACUUACUUCUUGCAACAACAGUUCGCCAAAUUCUUUCCCUUUCCUGAAGGCGAUUAUAUCUUUAACAGCAAUUGGAUAUCUUCGGGCGUAAUUCGAGCCAAUGUGAGGGUUCACUUGUCGUAUGGGUAA